AUGAAGCUGCCGUCUUCCUGGUUUGCACCCGAGUACACACUCCUUCCGAAUACGUUCCAGGAACAGGCUGAGCAAGGUUACUCCACGAGUGCAUUUGACCUUGCGGGCAAUGUAUCCGACGAUGCGCGCGUUGGGCUAGAUGAGGAGCAGCUGCAGGAGAUUCGUGAGAUUAUGCGUCGGAAGCGUGUCAAUUUCGACGAAGCACGUCUGAUUAGACAGAAAAUGGAGAUGCGCCGGCAUGGAAUAGACCCUGACACCGGACUUCCCAUCGACUCGAAAGCCAUCACUCGCCUAUAG